AUGCGGCAUUUCUUUUUCCUGUGGUUUCACUUAGUAACUCUCGUAGCUCCUCCAUUGCGUGCGUCUGGCGGGGAAGCUGAACCUGCUGCAUGCGCACUGCUGCAACAUGGCCUAGUCCUACGAGGCCCGCAGGAGCAACGUCUCCAGGAUGCGCAGCCCAUCUCCUGGCUGCAUUUCCCCAAAGCUGGAAGCUCCUUCAUCAAUGCAAUUGUUCACUUACCCGGAGUUUGCCCUUCCAUGAGCAACCUUACCAUUUCGAAAGACUUGCUCGGAGAGUGCUGGUUGACCAAGUGGAACUUGAACUUUUGUCAGAAAGCCUGUGAAUUCGACAAGUUUACAUGUCCAGAACACCCGGCAUAUGAAAAGCAUCCUACAAUCACGGACUAUUCUGCCCAGCACGGAAAGUUGAUGGGCAUGUUCCGUGAUCCGGAUCAGCGCAUACUCUCUGGAUACCAUGAUGACGCAAACAAUCUUGCCGCCAUCAAUUACGCGGAUUACCUACACGAAGACCUCCGGAUCCAGAACUGCACAUAUAUGGGGGAUGACGUGCCGAAGGUGCCAAUUCUAGACUUUGCUGAGUCGUGGAAGGGUGGCAUGGCAUACCAGGUUUUGACCGAGAACCCCAGCACACAAACACUGGAUCCCAAGCGUUCAAAGAUCACUCUGGAAGAUGCACAAGAGGCUGCUCAGCGGGUGCGUGAUGGCUUUGCAUUUGUAGGAAUCACAGAAGAGUGGGACCUGUCCAUAUGCCUCUUCCAUAAGAUGUUUGGCGGCGCUUGCCAUGCAGGGGACUUCGAAAACACACGCCCCAGUUCCCCUGGAAAGUCGGCGUCCAUGAACUACGACGUGACGGAGCUGAUGGGCUGGCACGAUCACGUGGAUGCUGUGGUGUACGCAGCUGCAGUCCAAGUGUUCGAAGCAAAUCUGGACGCUUUCGACGUCUCUCACCGGACGUGCCAGGAAUGCUACCUCGCGGCCAACAGAACAAGCGGCGAGGUCACUUGGCACGGCUCAACUCUGCCAGGCUGA